UAGAAAAGCAUCUAUGAAUCCUAAAGACCCAUAAUGUGGGUAUUUGCAUGCAUCUAACUGAAAGUGCAGCACUUUUAUUAGUGUGUGCAAGAAAGUUUAUUAUUUAUUCAACAUUAUGUGAUUCAACAGUGUGUAUAAUGACAAAAAGGUCAGGAGUGAUGAGAUAAGGUCGCUGUGUUGGCCAUAACCUCCACAGAGGUGCACAGGCUCAUUAUAGAGGCGCUGGGCCGGGCCUUUGUCUUCCUAAAGGUCUCUGCCCUGCUAUCACGGUCAAUCUGACUGACACGCAACCAGCGCAGGCUCCAUGAGCCCCUAUAAAAGACACACCUCGGCGAUGAGAGGUUAGAGCAUCUUUCAAACCAAGAAAGGACCACUGAGAAACGCUUUCAGAGCUUUCACUCUCAUCUCAUCGUCAUGUGUAAAGCUGCAGUUCUCACACUCGGCCUGCUGGCGGCGCUGCUGCGCGGCGCUCAGGCCACAGACGGACACCCGAUGUACGGAGUGAAGCUGUGCGGCAGGGAGUUCAUCCGGGCGGUCAUCUUCACCUGCGGAGGCUCGCGGUGGAGGAGGUCUCUGGAUGUUUCAGGUGAUCUGUCCAGUGAUCUGCUCUCUGCUCAUGACGACGAGGCCUCUGACAGCUGGAUCGCCAACCCUCUCAUCCCUGGACUGUCAUACAGACCCCGUCCCGACGCAGAGACCCCUGUCUGGGCAGGAGAGGGCCAGGAGAGCCCCGUGUUCAGCCGCCCCGCCCGCUCACUCAUCUCAGAGGAAGUGCUGGAGGCCUUGCGCACGUCAGACAGGAAGGGGCGGGACGUGGUCGUUGGGCUGUCCAAUGCCUGCUGUAAAUGGGGCUGCAGUAAGAGCGAAAUCAGUUCAUUAUGUUAAAGGACUGUGUGAUCCCAUUUCCCUCCGCCCUUCUGCUUCCACUCCAACCUUCCUAUAUGUGAAGAAUGAAGGUGGAGAGUUUGUUGAAAGUUGUUCCUAUGAAAUACCGAAAAUAUCUGUGUAUCAAAAAUGUAUGUAAUGCAGAUUUAAGCCAAAGCGAAGAGCCUAUUUGUCAGUCUAUUUAAAAACUGCUCAUCUCUGUUCUUGUGAUUCUCUUCAGUGGUCAGUGAUUUAAUAACAGCAAACUGAAAUAAAGUUUUGAUUGCGAUACAGA